UCUCCACCAUGCAGUCCCGGGAAGACGCCCCGCGCUCUCGCCGCCUCUCCAGCCCCCGCGGCGGGAGGCGACCCAAGAGGAUCUCCAAGCCCUCGGUGUCGGCCUUCUUCACGGGCCCGGAGGAGUUAAAGGACACGGCCCACUCUGCAGCCCUCCUGGCCCAGCUCAAGUCGUUCUACGACGCGCGGCUGCUGUGCGAUGUGACCAUCGAGGUGGUGACGCCCGGCAGCGGGGCCGGCACGGGGCGCCUCUUCUCGUGCAACCGCAACGUGCUGGCGGCGGCGUGCCCCUACUUCAAGAGCAUGUUCACGGGCGGCAUGUACGAGAGCCAGCAGGCCAGCGUGACCAUCCACGACGUGGACGCCGAGUCCUUCGAGGUCUUGGUGGACUACUGCUACACGGGCCGCGUGUCCCUGAGCGAGGCCAACGUGCAGCGCCUGUACGCCGCCUCGGAUAUGCUGCAGCUGGAGUACGUGCGCGAAGCCUGCGCCUCCUUCCUGGCCCGCAGGCUCGACCUGACCAACUGCACGGCCAUCCUCAAGUUUGCCGACGCCUUCGACCACCACAAGCUGCGCUCGCAGGCCCAGGCCUUCAUAGCUCACAACUUCAAGCAGCUGAGCAGGAUGGGCUCGGUUCGGGAGGAGACGCUGGCGGACCUGAGCCUGGCGCAGCUGCUGGCCGUCCUGCGUCUGGACAGCCUGGAUGUGGACAGCGAGAAGACGGUGUGCCACGUGGCCGCGCAGUGGCUGGAGGCUGCUCCCAAAGAGCGGGGCCCCAGUGCUGCGGAAGUCUUCAAGUGUGUGCGGUGGGCGCACUUCCCUGCUGAAGAUCAGGACUACCUGGAAGGGCUGCUGACCAAGCCUGUUGUCAAGAAGUACUGCCAGGAGGUUAUUGAAGGGGCCCUCCUGCAGCUGCGUUUUGCUGGUCGGCUGUACAAGUCCGUGGUGUUCAAGCCCAACAGCAGCCAAAGCAGCGGCAGCAACAGCAGCAGCAGUAGCUCUGCUGUAACUGUAGCAGAAAAUCCACCCCAAAGGUUGGGUAUGUGUGCCAAAGAGAUGGUAAUCUUUUUUGGACACCCCAGAGAUCCUUUUCUCUGCUAUGACCCUUAUUCGGGAGCUAUUUACACAAUGCCAUCCCCCUUGACCAGCUUAGCACAUACUAAGACCAUUACCUCCUCAGCCGUCUGUGUCUCCCCAGACCAUGACAUCUAUCUCGCUGCCCAGCCCAGGAAAGACCUGUGGGUGUAUAAACCAGCCCAAAACAGCUGGCAUCAACUGGCAGACCGCUUGCUGUGCAGGGAGGGCAUGGAUGUGGCGUAUCUGAAUGGGUACAUUUACAUUCUGGGUGGGCGAGACCCGGUUACUGGAGUCAAACUGAAGGAAGUGGAAUGUUACAGUGUUCAGAGGAACCAGUGGGCCUUGGUGGCCCCCGUACCCCAUUCCUUUUAUUCCUUUGAACUAAUAGUUGUUCAGAACUAUCUUUAUGCUGUCAACAGUAAGCGCAUGCUCUGCUAUGAUCCUAGCCAUAAUAUGUGGCUGAAUUGUGCAUCUCUUAAACGAAGUGACUUCCAAGAAGCUUGUGUCUUCAAAGACGAAAUCUACUGUAUUUGUGAUAUCCCAGUCAUGAAGGUCUACAACCCAGCUAGAGGAGAAUGGAGGCGGAUUAGUAAUAUCCCACUGGACUCGGAAACCCACAACUACCAGAUCGUCAAUCAUGACCAAAAGUUGCUGCUAAUCACUUCAACUACCCCACAGUGGAAAAAGAACCGUGUGACAGUGUAUGAAUAUGAUGCUAGGGAAGACCAGUGGAACAAUAUAGGUACCAUGUUGGGCCUUUUGCAGUUUGACUCUGGCUUUAUUUGCUUGUGUGCUCGAGUUUAUCCUUCCUGUCUUGAGCCUGGUCAGAGUUUCAUCAUGGAGGAAGAUGAUGCAAGGAGUGAGUCUAGCACUGAGUGGGACUUAGAUGGAUUCAGUGAACUGGACUCCGAGUCAGGAAGUUCAAGUUCGUUUUCUGACGAUGAAGUCUGGGUUCAGGUUGCACCUCAGCGAAACGCACCAGAUCAGCAGGGUUCUUUUGACGAAAUGCUAACGUUUUUUACACUCUGGUAGAGGACAGAAGAAUGUGGUCCAGGACGGGAAAGUGAUUUUUUUUAAUGAAAAACAAUAAAAAUAUAAAUAAAAUGAAAAACAAACAAAAUGCCACAGAUAAUGUAUUCAUUGUUUCGAUUGGCUAUGUGAAGAAUCUGUUAAGCACUCAGUUCAACAGUGUAUCUGUUGAAAUGAGUUUGCUGACUCUUCUAACAGUAGUCAGGCUUUAGUGGUCAGGCCUAAGUGUAAAUUCUGUUUCGGGAAUAUUAUAAGAACUGCUCUUAUAAAGUUGUUUCUCCCUGUGUGGGGCCAACUUAACUUCUGUUGCUAGCUCUCCUUUUGUAAGGUGGAAAGUUGGUAGUGCUCAUCUCAACCAGAUCAUUCAUCCGCACAACUAAGACCUGCAGUUAAUGUAUAAUAAGGCAGAUUCUCUAAUUCAUCAUCCUCAUCUCUUGAGUUAAAGCUUCGGCUAAAUAUUAGUAAUAUCUUGGCUUUCAGUCACAUUUUCUUGGGAAGGAUUUUGACUUUGUGAAACAUUUGUGAAUUAGGGAGUAGAUGCUAUUAUUUUAUAGAUAAAUGAUUUGUAUGUUGCUAAUUAAAAUAAAGCUGGUUUUAAACUACA